AUGAAGUUGCACUACAUCGGAAUCCUCCGCAAUGACAGCAAGCCCGCCGUCGAGCUCUGCAGCGAGAUGGAGCUGUCCGCAUACUCCCGGUUCACUAGAAACAGCUACGCCGAGUUCAUGAGCCUAUUCUCUAAGAAGGUGGCCGAGUCGACGCGUCCCGGCCAGAGGCAAGAUAUCGAGGAGGGCGACAACACAUUCCACUGUGUGGGAAGAAGCGAGGGUAUCUGUGGCGUCGUCGACGAGUUCCUCACCAAGCACCCGCGCUCCACAUGGGCGACGGGCGAACCCAAGCUCGUCCUCCCCGAGCUCAAGGAGUACCUUACGCGGUACCAAGACCCGCAACAGGCCGACUCGAUCCUCAAGAUCCAAAAGGAGCUCGACGAGACCAAGAUCGUGCUGCACAAGACCAUUCAGAGCGUUCUGGAGCGCGGAGAAAAGAUUGACGACUUGGUGGCCAAGAGCGACGGCCUGAGCUCCCAGAGCAAGAUGUUUUAUCAGCAGGCGAAGAAGCAAAACUCGUGCUGCAUCGUCAUGUAA